CAAGUCUGAACAGAGCCAUGCUCUGGCCAUAGCUAGCUUCCGUUCCAUCUUCAACUUCAAGCGUCGAGCUCGACUCUUUCCCUCUCAUGGCACCUCCGCGAAUUCUACUAUGUGGUGACGUCUUCGGCCGCCUCAACCAGCUCUUCAAACGAUUCGCUGCGGUCAAUAAAUCGGCGGGUCCAUUCGACGCCUUACUAUGCGUGGGACAGUUCUUCCCAGACUCGCCGGAGAGGCUCGAAGAGUUCACGGGAUACGCUGAAGGCCGUUCCGAAAUACCUAUUCCCACUUACUUCAUCGGCGAUUAUGGCGUUGGUGCCCCUAAAGUCCUGUUAGCCGCUUCAAAGGGGUCCGGGAACCAAGGAUUCAAGAUGGACGGCCUGAAAGUUUGCAAGAAUCUUUACUGGUUGAAAGGCAGUGGAAAGUUCACUCUCCAAGGAUUAUGUGUGGCCUACUUGUCCGGUAGGCAUUCUUCGAGUGGUCAACAAUUUGGGACAUACAGUCAGGAUGAUGUUGAUGCAUUGCGCGCAAUUGCUGAGGAUCCUGGAAUUGUUGAUAUAUUCCUUACUAAUGAAUGGCCAACUGGGGUUACAAAUAGCGCGUCAGCAUCUGACAUUCCUGCUGAAAUCUCAGAAUCUACUGGUAGUGACUCAACAGUUACAGAGUUAGUAUCUGAAAUCAAGCCGCGUUAUCAUAUUGCAGGUACCAAGGGUGUGUUCUAUGCUCGGGAACCUUACUCGAAUGUUGAUGCUGUGCAUGUGACCCGCUUCAUUGGCCUUUCUGCUGUUGGAAAUAAGGAUAAGCAGAAAUUUAUUCAUGCAAUUUCUCCAACUCCUGCAUCAAUUAUGUCUGCUUCUGAGAUUAGUAUGAAGUCAACAAACACAACCAUAUCUCCUUACUCUACACCACUGAUGGUUGAUGGAAACGAAGCUUCCAAGAGAUCUAGUGAUAGUGUCACUGACUCACAAUACUGGAGAUAUGAUGUCUCCACAAAACGGCAGAAACAUGGUGCUGGAAGUGGUGAUAAGAUGUGUUUUAAAUUUGUAUCCUCUGGCACUUGUCCACGAGAGGAAAAUUGUCACUUUCAACAUGAUAUGGCUGCAAGGGAGCAAUUUAUGAGGGGUGUUUGUUUUGACUUUAUUAAUAAGGGUAAAUGCGAAAGAGGUCCAGAUUGCAACUUCAAGCAUAGUUUACAGGAAGAAAGUGAAGGCAAUGCUGACAGGAGACGACGGUCUGAUAAUGCUUCAGCUAGAUCAAAAGAGUGCUGGUUUUGUAUAUCAAGCGCCAAUGUAGAGUCACAUCUGAUCAUCAGUAUUGGAGAAAAUUUCUACUGUGCAUUGGCUAAAGGGCCACUUGUGAAAGACCAUGUUUUGGUGAUUCCAGUGGAACAUUUGCCUAAUACUAUUGCUUUAUCCCAGCAAUGUGAAAGUGAGCUUGAUAGAUUUCAAAAUAGCCUCAAGAAGUUUUAUAAGAACCAAGAGAAGGAAGCAGUAUUUUUCGAGUGGGUUUCAAAACGAAGUACACAUGCUAAUCUGCAGGUAAUUCCUGUUCCAUCAUCCAAGGCAGCUGCUGUUCAAAAUAUAUUUAAUUUUGCUGCUGACAAGAUGGGCUUCAAAUUUGAAGUCACAAAAUUCAAUAAUAAUUUGGAGGGAAGAAAUAGUCUGAGGACACAGUUUGACAAGAAUCUUAGUUUCUUCUACGUUGAACUCCCUGAUGGCACUAUUUUAUCACAUGUGGUCGGAGAAAAUGAGAAAUUCCCAGCUCAAUUUGGACGUGAGGUUCUGGCAGGUCUGCUGGACAUGGCAAAGAGAGCUGAUUGGAGGACUUGUACUUGCAGCAAAGAAGAAGAGACGAAGAUGGCAGGCGACUUCAAGGCUCAAUUCCAAGAAUUUGAUCCGAACGAGUGAUUUCUAACGGGAAAUCUAGUUUUUGGCAAUCUUUAGUUAACAAUUCAGUCUUUCUACCAUUUGGUGUUCCAUGUUGCUCUAGUGUGUGAUAACGAUGUUAUUACGUUAAAAUGCAGGUAUAUGUGAUCUAGAAGAGAAGAGACGCACUAGUUUUUUAGAUGGCAGCCAUUUUUUCUUGACUAAAUUAGAUGGCUGCCAUUUUUGGUUGGUCUCUGUUUAACAUGAUUUAAAUUCAAAUUUUGGGUGGACAGGCCCCAUCGCCAGGUUGAUUGGGCCAUUGGUGCAGAGUAAAGCUAACGCAAUGAAUACUAAUUCAAACCCAAAUCCCCGUUUCCCAUUUUUGGUGUGGCUUCUAUUAUUGUCCUAGGCCAUUGACUCAGCUAUGUAUCCUAAUAGUUUAUUAUACUGAGCGUUGUAGUAAUUUUGGUGCCACCCCAUUAGAAAGCAAGCUAAAAUUUUAUUGCA